AUGACCACAGACCUUCAACCUAUGAUCGCUCUGGAGGAGCAUUACCUCUCCGCCAACUUCUUGGAUUCUGAAUCUUAUUUGAGAAUGUACGCUCCACAUGCGGCACUCAAUAGGGCAUUAAGCCAGCAGCUGGGCGAUCUGUCCGGCGGUCGUAUCAUCGACAUGGACACCAAUGGUAUCUCAAUGCAAGUCAUCUCACACGCGCCUGGACUUCACUCCCACGAGCAGUGCAAGGCCGCCAACGACCAGGCAUACGAGGCUGUCAAGGCCAACCCACACCGCCUCGCUGCCCUUGCGGUUCUGCCUGUGAGUGACCCGAGGAGCUGUGCUAAGGAGCUGCGUCGUUGCGUGAAUGAUUUGGGCUUCAAGGGCGCUCUGAUCGACAACCAUACUGAGCAGGGCCAUUAUUUCACUGGAAAAGAUUACGAGCCUAUGUGGGGAGCCUUCCAGGAGUUGGACGUUCCCUGCUAUAUCCACCCCACCUGGCCGUCACAGGCACAGAUGGAGGUCGAAUUCAACGACGAGAACAGGUCUUCAGGUGCUAUUUUUGGCUUGUCUACUUCCACCUGGGGUUGGCAUUCCGAUGUCGCUUUGCAUAUUAUCAAACUGUUCUCUGCGGGUGUCUUCGAUCGGUUUCCCAACCUCAAAAUAGUCCUCGGGCAUUUCGGCGAGAUGAUCCCAUUCAUGCUAGAUAGGAUUGACCUUUUCUGCCGGCGAUGGAAGAAGACUGGACGAAUGUUUAAGGACGUUUGGAGCAAGAACAUGUGGAUCACAACUAGCGGAGUGUGGAGUAUCGACCCUUUGGCGAUGAUUCUUAGGAACACCUCUAUUGACCGAAUUAUGUUCAGCAUCGACUACCCAUUCGCACCCAAUAAGAACGGCAAGCUGUGGAUGCAAAAUCUUAUAGCGAGCGAUCUAGUGGACCAAGAAGGAACUGAGAAGAUUGCAUUCAAAAAUGCAGAGGUUUUACUAGGCGUCAAAGUAACACGAAUAUAA